CCGCUUCAUAUCAGUCUCGACUGCGCAGGGAGCCGGUUGAUAUUGUGUAAAAAUGGCGCUGUCUAGUGUGCUGCGGGGUGAGUUUGCGGAUUUCAGCAGUGCUCCAGAUCAGCCUUCUGCGUUUGGCUGUGGCUUUAACCAAACCGACCUGGGCUUCGGCGCCACACUGGGGGACUCCUUCAACUUGGCCGUGAAAACGAUUGGAGAUGAAGAGGGUCCUGAGAGGAAAAUCGAGUUCCUUCACGGAACGACCACCUUAGCGUUUAAAUUCCAGCAUGGCGUCAUUGUAGCCGUGGACUCCAGAGCGACAGCUGGUUCCUACAUUGCGUCUCAGACGGUGAAGAAGGUCAUCGAGAUCAACCCAUAUCUGCUGGGCACCAUGGCAGGAGGAGCUGCAGACUGCAGUUUCUGGGAGCGCCUGCUGGCCCGGCAGUGCCGCAUCUACGAGCUGCGCAACAAGGAGCGCAUCUCGGUAGCUGCCGCCUCCAAACUGCUGGCUAACAUGGUGUACCAGUACAAAGGAAUGGGUCUCAGCAUGGGCACCAUGAUCUGCGGCUGGGACAAGAGGGGGCCAGGGCUCUACUACGUCGACUCCGAAGGCAACCGUGUGUGUGGUGACAUGUUCGCCGUGGGCUCCGGCUCCAUGUACGCCUACGGUGUCCUCGACAGUGGCCUCCGCCCCGAUCUGACCGUCGAGGAGGCCUGUGACCUCGGCCGCCGUGCCAUCUACCAGGCCACGUUCCGCGAUGCCUACAGCGGUGGCCAAGUCAACCUGUACCACGUCCACAGUGAGGGCUGGGAACGGGUCUCCCAGGAGGAUGUGCUGCAGCUCCACCAUCAAUACCAGAGCCAGAAGGCAUAGAGGAGAUGGAGGCUGGGACGGGUGGGAGGUGUCGGGCUGCAGUUCCUCGUGUUGUGUGAUAGGUGUGGGGGUGCUAUAUCCCACUGGAUGACACGUCGAGCCAAACUUCUCUUGGCCGGCUCCCUGGGAGUGCGAGUGGGCUUCUGUUCUUCUUAUCACACUUGUAACCACAGUUACCAAACCCACUCUCAAUAAACCUUGGACUUUUUUUUUUGCUA